AUGAAGCCCGAAGAGCUUAUGGAACACGAGACUGAGGAGAUACGAAAGGGCUUCAAGUAUUUUGAUCGCACCGCCGCCGGAUUCAUUAAGACCGAGGAGCUUGGUACCGCUUUACGCUGGAUAAAACUGAUCCCUUCUUCCGCCGACAUUGAUCGUUUCAUCGCGCUAGUCGAUCCGAAUCACACAGGCAAAGUCAAAUGGGAGUCUUUCCUGUACAUUGCCUGUCAGCUCUGGAUCUCCGAUCCGCAGCAACGGGAAGCGGAACUCUGGCAGGCCUUCUUGACCUUCGACAAGAACGACAAAGGCAAAAUGACACCAGAACAACUCAGGUCGAUUUUGCUUGAAAUCGGCGAAAACCCUCUGACGGAAAAGGAAGUAAACGCCAUCAUAAAGGACGCAGUAGACAAGGAAAACAUGAUAGAAUAUGGUUAUCUCAUCAGAUCAUGGCAAAAGUAG